GCCCGCGCGCGUCUUCGGAUUUCGUCUUCGUCUUCCUGCUGGCUCGGGCUCUCUGUCUCACCCAUCUCUGUACAUUAGCCGCAGCUACCCAUGGCCCCCUCGCCGUCGUCAGCAACAUCUGCGGCCGCCUCUGCGUCCUCGUCAGCUGCCUCGGGCACCUUCAGCGUCGGCGGGAACCUCAAGAUCGUCGGUAUCAUCUUGGCCAUAUCCAGUGGCCUCCUCAUCGGCUCCAGCUUCGUCUUCAAGAAGAAGGGCUUGCUGCGUUCGCAGAGGGGUCAGGUCGCCGGCGAGGGCGUGGCUUACCUCAAGUCGCCACUAUGGUGGACAGGCAUGACCAUGAUGAUCCUCGGCGAGAUAUGCAACUUUGUCGCAUACGCCUUCGUCGAGGCCAUCGUAGUCACACCCAUGGGUGCCCUCUCCGUCGUCAUUUGCGCCAUCCUCUCCCACUUCUUCCUCGCGGAGAAGCUGAGCUUCUUCGGUUGGCUAGGCUGUGGCCUCUGCAUCAUUGGUUCGGUCGUCAUAGCGCUCAACGGGCCCCAGGAGGACACGCCCGGCCAGAUAUUACAGUUUGAGAAGAUGUUCCUUGCCCCCGGCUUCCUCGCGUACGGCUCGACUCUAAUCGCCGCCUCUCUCGUCAUCAUAUUUUUCCUUGCUCCCCGGUACGGGACGAAGAGCAUGCUGUGGUACAUCAUGGUAUGUAGUAUGAUUGGCGGUAUCAGCGUCAGUGUCACGACGGGGCUCGGCGCGGCCAUCGUCACCAGCGUGGAGGGCGACAAUCAGUUCAAGCACUGGUUCACGUACUUCCUCCUCGGCUUCAUCGUCAUUACUCUCGUCACCGAAGUAUUCUACCUGAACAAGGCGCUGGCGCUCUUCAAUACAGCUAUGGUCACGCCGACAUACUACGUGAUUUUCACGUUCUUCUCCAUGCUGACUACGAUCGUGCUCUUCCAAGGCCUCAGCGCGCCGCCGACGCAGAUCAUCACGCUCGUGAUGGGCUUCCUCGUCAUCUGCUUCGGCAUCACCAUCCUCCAGCUCUCCAAGAUCGACCCUACCGAGCUCAAGAUGCUCGACCGCCGCUCGACCAUUCUCCUGCAAGCCGCUAGGAAAGAGACGGAGGGUAUGGAUGAGAAGAACCUCGCCGCCAUCGAGGAGCCCGGCAUGGACGCGCUCCGCGGCACGUUCGGGAUGGUCGGCAGCGUCAUUAGGGCGAGGAGCGCGCAUCGCAUGAGCAUGAGCAGUAAGGGGAGCGUGCGCAGCCGGUACAGCAACGCGCCUCCACUUCCAGGGAGCAACGACCCGCUCGCGGGCCUGAAGCGUCAUCAGCUGUGGGACCCGCCGAUGCCAUCGCGCGCGCCGAGCAUGGCGGAUGUGAGCUCAAUGAUGACGGCGGACAAGGACCGGGCGACGCUGGACGAGCGUAGCUCGGUGUUCAGCGGGAGCGCGAUGAGCGGCGCGACCGCGAUGGGGAGCCCGGUGCCCCGCGAGCGGAAGCAGACAAUCAAGUUCGACAGCCAGGACGUCGUGCAUUCGUACCACAUACCUGGCAGUGGCGACAAUUCGGCGAUACAUGAGCGGCGCGGGGCGUCGCAUCACAACUCGAUGAGCCCGCCGGCCAAACCUACUUCGUCCAAGGAGGGCGACGCACAGGUCCUCACGCUACCUGUGAGCUCCUCACUGGACGACAUCUCGGAAGAGUCUGGCAACAGGACCGCUCCGCCGCGCCUUGGCCUCACCACCGACCCAUUCCACCCGCACGUCCAAGACAUCUUCGAGCAGACACCCUCCACCGCGAUUGAAGGAUACUUUGGGUACUCGCCUGACGACGAGCCACGGCGGAGCGCCUCACCUCUUAACUCGCAUCAUCACGGACGAUUCUGGCGGUCGCCAGGCGGGCGCAGGUACCCCUCGGACGGCGCGGACGACCGAGAGGAGAGCGAGAGCCUCUGGCAGCGACAGAACGAUAUGUCCGACGAGGACAGCCCCGCAGUGACGCCCGGUGGCGGGAUCCGCCUUGUCACGAACCACCGACGAUGAACCCCGCGCAUCGCCGCUGUACCACCUCCGCCGCUAUACAAGGCGGGGAUUCCGCGACUCCUGGCUAGUGACUUAUUGUGUUUGUGUGUGUGUGAUCAUCUUUUUCGGGAUGUACGUUGGACACGACAAAGAUCGCGGCCGGUCGAUGACCGGUACUACUAGUUUUGACACUCCUUGACCCGGCGCUGCGGUACCUAUCCUCUCCUAUCUCCCCAUCUUCCUCAUCUUCAAUUUCGAACACGGACUAGGACGGUUUUGUUGGCCCCGCUGUACAGUACAUUACCCACGUCGUAGAGUGUGUGCACGAAUGGUUACAUGAGCUAUAAUGCCCUGACUAGCUGCCGGGUGCCGCACAACGUUAUCA